UAUGAAAAUAUUAAUUGAAAAUCGCUACACACACCUGACACCACCAAAUACAAAGUUAUUUGGGACUUGGGCCUUUGAGUUUAUUGGGGCAGCAUUUUCAGCCAAAAUUCUCCGACAAUAGGACUAUACGAAAACACAACACCCUCUUCAAAUUGAGGCGCAUUAUUCUUCUUCUUCCUCAGGCCUCUUGUUGUUGCUACUUCAAUUGGUCUCAAAUUCUAAAAUUUGCUUUCAGUUUCAAGGCACAUAUCAGAUAGAGGAUCAGCCAUGGUUGUCGCUUGCUACCAACCUCCACUAUUCAGUGUUGCCCCAAUGAUGGAGUGGACAAACAAUCACUAUAGACAACUUGCACGACUCAUAUCAAAAAAUGCGUGGCUUUACACAGAGAUGCUUGCUGCUGAAACUAUUGUUUAUCAGAAGGAUAAUCUGGACAGAUUUUUGGCUUUUAAUCCAGAACAACAUCCUAUUGUUCUUCAAAUCGGAGGGAAUAACUUGGAGAAUAUUGCCAAAGCGACACAACUUGCUAAUACUUAUGGCUACGAUGAGAUUAACCUAAAUUGUGGAUGUCCUAGCCCAAAGGUUGUUGGACGUGGUUGUUUUGGUGUACGCUUGAUGCUUGAUCCAAAGUUUGUUGGCGAGGCCAUGUCAGUUAUUGCUGCCAAUACAAAUGUUCCCGUGACUGUCAAGUGCCGUAUUGGUGUUGAUGAUCAUGAUUCUUAUAAUGAACUAUGUGAUUUUAUCUAUAAAGUAUCUUCGACAUCUCCAACCAAACAUUUUAUUAUACAUUCGCGUAAAGCACUUCUCAACGGCAUUAAUCCAGCUGCAAAUCGAACAAUCCCUCUACUGAAAUACGAAUACUACUAUGCAUUAAUGCGUGAUUUUCCAGAUUUAACUUUUACAAUAAAUGGAGGCAUAAAUUCAUUAGAAGAGGUGAAUGCAGCUCUUAAAAAAGGAGCUCAUGGGGUAAUGGUUGGACGCGCUGCUUACAAUAACACUUGGCAAUUGUUGAGGAAUGUUGACACUGAAGUUUAUGGUGCUCCUACUGAUCUUACACGUCGUCAGGUUUUGGAGAAAUACCAAGAGUAUGCAGAUUCGGUUCUUGGCAAAUAUGGCAAUAGCAGGCCAAAUGUUCGGGACUUGGUCAAGCCUCUAUUGAACCUUUUUCAUUCUGAGCCCAGAAAUUCUGUUUGGAAGUGCAAUGUAGAUGCAGCGUUUUUCCAUUGCAAGACUGUUAAACAAGUUCUUGAGGAGACAUUGCCGAUCAUUCCAGAUGACGUUCUUGAUUCACAUGCUGCCAAGGUACCUCCCAAUCGUGGAGAUAUUUUUGCAAAUGUCAAUGAUAUGAUGCCUUCCCCAUAUAAAUCCAGUGAAUUGGAGUUGCAAUAUGCUUAGUCUAUUAAUUUUGCUUAAUUUAUUCUUCAUUCUUUGGGAUAUGAUCUAAUUCCCAUGUGAUAGAAUGUACUUUGAGGAACUCGAAAGACAAAGAAAUCUACAUGUGUUUUCGGAAAUUAAGAAAAUGAUAAUGAAACCAUCUCUAACAUAUUGCUCCUCGCA